AUGGCUUCAGCCUGUUUCACAGGAAAAUACCGAGGAAUCACGGGAAUCAUUACUUUUAUUGAAGAAGGUUACGAAACCAGAGUUAAAGUUAAGAUUACUGGCGGCUUGACCGAUACUUCCGGAAUGUACCCUUAUCAUGUUCACGAAUUUCCAAUAAAUUAUACUGGCUCCUGCGAAUCAACGGGAGAACACUUAGAUCCUAUUGGUGUUGGUAAAGUAAAAGGUUACAAAUGCAAUCCCGAAAUACCUGAAGAAUGUGAAGCUGGUGAUUUAAGUGGUAAAUAUGGUGCGCUUCGAGGAACACCAAGUGGCAUGGUUGAAGACGAGUAUACAGAUCCAUUCAUUACAUUGAGAGGUGAAUAUGGAGUUAUUGGUCGAUCGGUUGUUAUUCACGCUCCUCAUACUCCUCCUGGUGUCCCUGCGGCAAGAAUUGCUUGCGCUGACAUUGUCUGUGGAAAAUGUAAUGAAUACUACUACUAA